AUGGUGCUUUUCAUUGGCAGAGCCAUCUUGUCUUGGCCGGAAAUGAUCGACUGCGCGCCGAACCGAAGAAUCAACGUUGCAUUGGCCCAGAUUCCGUCUUUAUUAUUUGGAUGGUAUAUACAUAGAUCGGAAUUCUGCAUAUCCGGUCUGCGGCCCUUGUGUAACCCGACAGCAAGUCAAGACGUCACGCGAACAGCCAUGUUUGUGAGACAUACCUGCUCGCGGAAAUAUUAUCAAGUAAGGCGUUCUGAAGUGUUUGGAUCUGGCUAUAUGUCAGAAAGCUGGGCUGGUCUCGACUGGGUCUUUGAUAUCAUUGUACAAGCGGUUGCGGCAUUCUGGCGCUCGAUAUACCUCUUUCGGAGAGUCUGA